AUGAUCGAAGACGACUUCUACAGAACGUCGUCGCAAUACCGUUACUGGUCAUAUACCCAAGAAAGCCUCGCUCGAAUACGGCAGAACACCAACGAUCUCGCCUCUGAGCGAGUUAGAGCCGCCUUCCGGAGAGCCAAAUCGGCCAAUGUGGUUCAGAAUGGAAGUAACGAUGAUCCCGCCAAUGGAGGCGGAGCGGACGCCGCGGAUGCAGAGGUCGAUAUUCAGACCCUCACCGUGGACGAAGAAUUGAAAAUUGUGGAAUGGGGUUGCUCAAAGAUCAUAGAUAUGGGCGAGGCCAUGAAUCCGAGAAUACCAUCAAACGUCGUGGCUACUGCAAUCCAGUAUCUCCGCCGCUUCUAUCUCACACAUUCCCCCAUGACGUAUCAUCCGAAACAAAUAAUGAUGUGUGCUCUCUACCUUGCAACCAAGGCCGACCAUUUCUACAUAUCUCUGCCGAAGUUUGUUGCCGAGCUUGAAAAUGUCAGCGAAGACGACGUCAAAGCUCCCGAAUUCCUGCUCCUCCAGGGACUCCGCUUCACGCUCGACGUGCGCCAUCCCAUGAAAGGGCUAGCAGGCGGACAUAUCGAGAUGAACGUCAUGGCCGAAGAGGGCCAACUCGGGCCCAUUUCGAAAUCUACGGGUUCGGCCAAGCGGAUCGGCACGGCCGCGGAUCAGGCGAAGACGUUACUCGCCACGGCCGCACAGAUGACCGACGCAUAUUUCCUCUACACGCCCAGCCAAAUCUGGCUUGCUGCCAUGAUGGUCGCGGACAGAGAACUGGUCGACACGUAUCUGGAGCGGAAAUUGUCCCAGCUCCCGCUCACCGAAGCCGCCGCGUCGCUGGAACCGAAGCUGGUGUCGACGAUCUCCGCCUGCGCGACGCUCCUAGCCUCUUAUCGCCUACCAGAUGAUGAUUCAACACAGCGGAGAGAGAUGAAGCGUAUUAGGAAGAAAUUGACCGUCUGCCAGAAUCCCGAGAAGAUGGACAUCGUCGCUGUCGCGAGGGCCAAGGCUGCAGAAAAGAGGGAAGGCGAUGGGAGUGAUGCUGAAAAGGCCCUCAAGAAACGCAAGCUCGAAAGAGAGAGAUUGGAAAGGGACGGGGACGUGUUUGGGCCUGAUUUAAAAAAGGUCCCUGGUUCUGGUGAAGUCUGA